AUGACAUCUAUCUCUCCGGCCGAACCGCGGCCUCCCCUACUGCGACGUUCAACUGAUUCGAAUCGACCGCCCCAUGGAAGAGCAUCCAGUCAUAUCUUUUCGCCCCUAGACAGAAAGCCGCCAACAUUACGAAGGGAGACUGUAGAGACUGAGGAGGACAGGCCUAUCAAAAGGCGGAAGAUCGAAGCUGACUCUAACUCAAAUCAAGUUGCCAACCACCACAACACCUCACUUCCCGACAAAGUCUCCGAUCCACAUGUCGAUAAUAAGACCGUGUACUGGCGCUGGGUGAGACCCUCAGCAAUACGAGCGGCAGUCGCCAACUCGCGGAGUAAGGAAGAGGAGGAUACCUCGAGUGAAGACGGCCUACCUGAACUCCCACCUCGGCCCUGGCGAACCGCUCGAGUCGCGAAAGUUGCAGACAAAGCCGCUCCGACGCACCGAUCACGGGUUGACAUCCCUGUGCCCAAUACUCCCGAUUCAAUACAAGUUCCAUCCUCCGCGCCUCAAUUUGUUCUCAAGAGACCGGUCGGGUUCUUCCCAUGGACGGGGAAACACCCGGAGGACAUCUUAAGCGACAGCAAUGUUAAGAACGGCUAUUUUGACAAACCUCCAAACCCCACUGAAAAGGAACUCAACACCGCGCGAGUCCCGCUCUACAAUGCCUUCAAACACAAAUCUGGCGUGGACAGUUUAUCUACUCUCUUUUCUCUCGUCUUGAACCAGAAGAGCCAACAUGGCAUUAUCAGCUCCGUCUCCACGUUUAAGCCGCCUCCCCGCGUUACCUUGACCGAAGCGAAACGGAAAUCGUGGAUAGCCGAUCUAGCCAAUGCGGACGUACCCUUGAGACGGUUGAGCAGGACUAUCCCCCAGGGUAUCAAGGGCCAGACUCUUCUAGAUUUAUGCUUACAAAGCUCAGUCCCGUUGAGUCGUGCGAUAUGGUUCGCCAAAUGCGUCUGUGCUAAUGAGGUUCGCACCUUGAAGAGGAAGGGCACCACUCCUGCGGUGGCUCUGGGUGCCGAAAACAAGUGGCUUCGCGAAUGGACACUCAACGUCGAGCAAUUUUUGGAAACCUACCUGGGACAAGCCAAUGCAUCUGAUUGGAGAUCAAACAUUCAAUACGCAUUGCGGUUGAAUACCCGUCUCUAUUUAGAGAACCUGCUGGACCGGGGUCACUACUUGGAUUGGAUUUUGCACUCCUUCACUACAGCAGCCAUCAGCCACACGCCUUUCUGGCUGAUGGUAAUCCAUAUUUACAAGCAAGACUUGAGCCAAUACCGAAGACGAGGAGCGAAGCUCGCCCAAGCACUGAUUGAUAAGUACCGUUCGAUCGACAACCUCUCAGACCAAUCGAUAAGUCCAUUGAGACAGAAGCUGCGGGCCGCAGUCCGCGAAUUAUUGUUCUCACGCCCCGCUAUCUUCUUGAUGCCAGAUCGCUGGCCUGAGAGUGUGCCAAUUGUUCAAACUUGCCUUGAUACAACUAUCGGUCCCGAAGGGCUGAUCCUCGAGGAACUCAAUCGCAUCAACGAGAGAGCAAUGGGAUUCAAUAAGACAGACUUCUUGUCUGUUCGGUCCCCUAGCGAAAUCAUUGUCGAAACUCUCGAUAAAGCCAGGGUGCCAUAUAAUGUCGCUCUCCUUGCAAAAGAACUAGAUGAAACCUCUACAGACUUCGACCUCCUCCUGCGAUCGUGUCUUGAAUGGUCAUGUACGCGAUUCCGACAGUCCAGAACCCGCUUAUAUCUGGUCACUCGUUUGGUCAAGCGGUGGCAACGAGGCGGUCGUGACAUUGACACACCUAUCCUCAAUUUUCUUUCCGCUUUUCGGGAGGGCAAGACGACCGCUGAUACCUUGUGCUUAAGACACCUAGUUGCACAGUUUUCCCGAUCUGAUUGCUUUCCGCUUAGCAAAUACUUGCAAUGGCUGAUGGUGAGAGGCCUUCCAGAGAAGGGAUCGGUCUGUAUCGACACUGAGUCUAUCUUUGGCCGAACAGCAAAGGUUGAAUCAUACAGGGACUUUGCGUCUGUUCAGUUUCUGCUCGACCUGUCAUUGCACCGAGCAGAAGACCACGUCAUCAACUUACGGAAUUCGGUUCUUGAACGCGCAGGUUUCGAUCCCAGCGCAGAAGAGGACAUUUUCGAACGGUGUGUUGAGUAUCUUGAGCAAAAGCUGGCAGAUGCUAGUUUCGUCACGAAGUCCGAGCCACCAACUCUGCAUGAACCUUCUUUUGCGGCGUUGCCAUGGACUCUUCGAACUAGAAUAUCUAUGUGGUUACGAGCAAGAGCUCUCGAAGCGGCAAAAUCGGCACAAAGCACUCCUAUGUUGCCUGGGUCCAAGGUUUUGAAUGAAGAACAGUUCUUCGUAAUCCGUCACAUUCUCGAGUGCAUGGAAGAUGAGGCGGUCCUUGCAGAUGUGGUCGGCAUUCUCUCGGUAUCACAAAGGGAUGACCUAGUGGCAUCUCUCGUCGCCACCGUUCACUUCCAUGCAGGUUCCUUUUCCGCCAUCGGGGCUCUUGAAGUCCUGCAAAAAAGGAUGUGUCAAAUCUACAUGACUUGGCGAUCUACGAAACCGACGAUGCCGCUACUUACUUCGACUCUCUUGGAUCUAUGUACUGCUUUUCCAGUCAAAGCACCUGCAAUCAGAUUGCUGCAACAGGACCUCGUUCGAGGAGACCGUGGGCGUGCAGUCGCAGCCUGCUCACCGUAUAGUGACGGCAUCGCGGAGUCGUUGCAGCAAGCGGGUGCCACCUUUGUGGAGGAUUUUGAGGCGAUCCUGCAGUCAGAGACCAAUAUGAAUGAGCAAACCAUGAAUGGCCUCUUCUCGGUUUUAGUGGAUCGCAUUGAAAAGCAACAGAAAUUUGAAGAUGAUCCGCGCACCUUGCAGUCAUUCUGCCAACUUCUCAGCCGGCUUCGAUUGUGCCGUAAGGCCCAAGGAGAUCUGCUCACUCAGAAAUGGAUGUCACGACUCAUGUCUUGCCUCGACUCGAAAUCCGGUCCUUCAUUUCUUCGAAUCCUUGUGGCGACGGGCUGCAUCACAUUCGCUACUAUUUUCGAAGCCACGCCUGGCUACAAGUCCGGAGUGCGGAAGAAUUUGGCAGUCGCUUCCUUCCUAUAUCAAAUUCUCGCCCCUCCCAGUUCCACGUCACUUGACUGGGCUGCGUACCAGACUCGGACUAGGUGGCACGAAUACUCGCUGAAAGAACCGCUGACGGCCUUGGAAAUCGUAUGCGAAGCCGGCCUGCAAGGCGUGUCGCCAACUUUUGACUCCCUGCUUCUGGUUGUGCUUGUCAACAGUUGGUCGCCAGACUCAUCUUCCUUGGCCGAACCGGCCAAGAAAUGGUUCGUCAAGUCACUCAGUUACGCACUGAAUUGUUCGGAUGGUGAUCUAAAUGCGACUGAUCUUCAAGCUCUGCUGGAAUCUAUCAACGUCUUUUCCCACCGAUUUGUCCAAUUGCGAUUCCGACUUGCAUCCCCAGCCUCUGUCGACAAGGCAUCUGGACUGGAUCAACCAGACCUGAUCGAGGUACUCUCACAGUCAUUGAAACAGACUCUACGGAACCCGCCUUCUCCAUACGCAGGGCACCGGCAGCGGUUCUCACAACUGUUUCAGAUUGUUGGACCUGAUGUAGCCAACCAGGUCCGCCACAAUGUCGAGAAUGAGUUCUUGUAUGCCUUGCCGAAGCUGCUGGUCGGCAGGGUGACUAGUCCACUCUCAGCGGUGUUCCCUGACGAUACACAGCAGCUGUCUUCAAUUGUUGAGCAGGCGUUCCAGGUGUGCAGGAAAGAGACCAGCCCGAGUCCUGGGUUCCUGUCGCACCUAAUUGAUAGACUUUCACAGCAUCUCAAGUAUCUGGGUAACACGCACAACACUCCGGCUACCCCUGCCGCUCCGGCCACGACAGCCCCGACAGCCCCGACAGGCUUUUCGGGACCUAGCGGGUCUUCUACCACUAUGACUCAUUCUCAAAUGGUGUCCAUGUCAUCCAGUCCGGUUGCCAACACAUCAGAUAUAGGAGGUGGCUCUUGUCCUCCCGUAGGCUUGAGCUACUUGAGAUGCAUACUACAAAUGGUGUGUUUGCAGCGUCCGACAUUAAUCUCGCCAGGCUCCAAUGGGGCCAAUGUCAAACAGACGCAGAACGAACAACUUCAACUGCUUGUACGACUGGCAUCCAUAGCAACGCACCCAGCUAUGACUCUGGUGACGGGACAUCAAGGCACUCGGGAAGAGCAGAUCAAGGCAAAAGAGGUGAUCGAGUUCGCAUUGGACGUGAUAGCAACCAUUAUCGACGGCGUCAGUGACGAGGUCCAUUUGAUGUGCGCAAAGGUAUUGAAAGACAAGUUACAGGACACCAGGCUCUGCUACUUGUUUGGCAGCAUCAACCUGAUGGGAUCAGCACAGGUGCAAGACAUGGGCCGGGGGCUGCAGAUGGUCAAAGAAGGCAAAGGCAUCAUCGGAGAGUGGAAGCCACGAAUGUGGGAAGUUUUGGAUAGUGGCAGCGGUAAAGAGAGUGAAACGUCUUUGGGACUGGGUCUCUUUCGAGCCCGAUAUGGAUAG